AUGAUGUCUCCACGCACCUUACUGGGCCUGCCUGCCUACCUCUACGGCGUGGGCUGCAUGUUCUGGUGCUUCCAGCUGGGCUGCCUGACCGGUUUCAUCAAGUGGUGGCAGUUUUCGCCAGCUAGGAACGACAUUGUCGCCGCGGUGCGCUUCCUGAAGUGGGCCUUCAAGUACCGUGUGCUCAAGCUGGGCAGCAAUGAGGUGUACAGCGGAAAGUGUAUGUACCUGGCCAACCACCGCAGCUGGGGCGACUUCUUCGUCGACAUGUAUGUGACGGGGUGCCGGGGCGUGCCACUGAGCAGGCGCGCCGUGGGCGCCGCCUUCCCCGCCUUCACCACCUCCCUCAUGGCUCUGCGCUCCAUCCUGCUGUUCAACCGUCUGGGAGUCAAGGAUACAGAGAAGUUCAACCGCUGGCUGGACACCGAGCUGGCCAAGGGCGGCCCACAGACCAACCUGCUGGUCUACCCUGAGGGAAAGCGCAGCCAGCAGACCGCCUCGCUGCCCCUCAAGCGCGGCAUGCUGCGCUACGCCUUCACCCGCAAGCUGCCGGUGCAGGUGGUGGUGACUGCCUACAAGGAGGAGAUCCUGAACGAGCGCCGCAUGUGGACCCACUUUGGCCGCACCCUCGUCACUGGCUGCUCAGAGGUGCUGGAGAGCUCACGGUUUGACGACUUUGAAGAGUUUGCGGCGGCUGUGCAGCGUCUGUGGGAUGCGCAGUGGGAGGCUGUGUUCGCGGCGCCGCGGCACGGCUUGCCUGUGAUGCCUGAACCGGCAGGCCCGGCUGGCAACUACUCGCCAGCCACCUGUGCCAAGCAGACCGCAUCUCUGGCUUUCUGGAUGGCGGUGCUGGUGGGCGGCACACGCCUCAUGCUGCGUGCGCUGGCGGCGGUGGCAGCAUGGCUGCCUGGGGGCCGCUACCUGGUGUGGGCACUGGUGCUGUACAGCGUGGCCUCGCUGGCGGCGGCGGCCCUGCUGCCGCCGCCAGCUGCACGGCACAGCAGCACGGACGCAGUGGCGCCAGCACCUGAGGCUGCUCCCAUGGAGCCAGCAGCACCUGUGGCGGCGCCUGCGGCCCCGGCUCCAGCCGCGUCACCAGCUGUUGCAGCCCUGGGGCAGGAGCCCGCCUCCGCCGCUGCCAGCAGAGGCGGCACCCCGCCGGCGGCGGCCGGAACCGGCGGCGGCGCCGCAAGCGCUGCCACACCCUCGUCGCCAGCCGCCACACCAUCGGGGGCAGCGGCGGCCAAUGCCACAGGCAGCAGCGGCAAGAAAGUGGCGCAGCAGAAGACUCCUUUCCAAAAGGAGGCUUUGGAGGCUGCCUUUGCACUGAGCCAGUACCCCACAGAGGACAUGAAGCGGGUGCUAGGCAGCAAGAUAGGCCUGACCGCGCAGCAAGUGGGGACCUGGUUCACCCACCGGCGGCGCAAGGAGAAGGAUGCUGAGAUAGCGGCGAUUGCGGCAGCCCAACUGAAGCAGGAGCUGGCAGCCGCGGCAGCAGCACAGGGCGGCGAUGCGGCCGCAGCGCCACCUGUGGCACCCGCCCCAGAACUGGUGGAGGCAGCCAAGGCGCAGCUGGGGGUGCCGUUCCGCGAGGACGGGCCGCCUUUGGGCUUUGAGUUUGAUGAAAUCCCGCUGCUGCCAGGCAACCCCGUCGUGAUGGGCCAGAGCACGGGCAGCAGCGGCGGCGGCAAGAAGCGCAAGGCGGCGGCGGCUGGGUAUGCCGACGACGAGGAGGAGGACCCAGACUUUGUGCUGGGAGGAGGAGGUGGGUGGCUGUGUGUGUGUGUGUGUGUGUGUGUGUGUGUGAGUGUGUGUGUGGCCCGUGAGCAGGAGAAGAUGCUGCGCGAGAAGGAGCGGAUGGACAUGAAGGUGGCCAAGGAGCGGGAACGGGAGCUGGCACGGCUGGAGGGGGAGCGCCGCAAGCACCUGGAGAGGGUGAUGAAGGAGCAGAAGAAGCUGAUUGCGCUUCAGGAGAAGGAGCGGGAGCGGCUGGAGAAGAUGCGGCAGAGGGAGGAGAAGAAGCGCGAGAAGGAGGUGCUCAAGGCGCUGCAGGCGCAGGAGAAGCGGGAGAUGCGGCUGCGGCAGCGGGAGGCUGGGGUGACGGGGCCUCGGGACGAUGCCGACAUCGAGUGGGAUGCGCUGCUGGCAGACUACCGGGCCAAGCACGGAGGCGUGCAGCCGCUGGCUCGCAUUGCCGAACUGCUUAUAAAAUGGCGGCGCUGGUGCAGGCUGCCGCCCGAUGUGGCUCUGCCGGCAGACGAGGACGGCGCGGCGCCGGCCGGCUUCCCGCCCCUGCCCAGCCGCCCUCCCUUCCCGCCUCCCACCGUGGCGCUGGCGCCUGCCUUCCCGCCUGAGCUGGGGCAGGAGCAGGGCAGCAAGCUGCUGACGUCCUGGUCCUUCCUGCACGGCUUUGGAGGCAUGCUGGGCCUGCCGCACUGCACGUUGAGCGAGCUGCUGGCGGCGGUGGCGAAGGGCAGCAGCAGCUCGCUGCUGGCCAGCCUGCACAUCACGCUGCUGCGCCUGGUGCAGGCAGACAUGGAGGAGGCGCAUGCGGCGCAGUUUGGUGCGUACGCCACCACCACCGCCGCCAUGCUGGCGGAGCAGCGGGGCGGCGACUCCCGCUUCAUGUCUGCGGCGCACAUGCUGGAGGAGGCGUGGAGCUGGGGCUUUGAUGUGGACGGGUGGCGGGCGCACCUCAACUCGCUGACGUGGCCUGAGGUGGCGCGCCAGCUGGCGGUGACCGCGGGGCUGGGCCGCCGCCGGCCCAAGCCCAAGAAGGAGGAGCGGCCCAAGAUGGGGCAGGAGGGGGAGGACACCGUGCAGGAUGGCAGCGGCGACCUCAAGCUGCGCCUGCCGCCGCGCCUGGGCGUGGGCACGGUCAAGGCGGCCGCCUGGCAGGUGCUGGCGGAGGCGGGGCCGGAGGGGAUGCGGGUGGAGGACAUUGCCCGAGAGAUCCAGAAGCGCGGCUUCAGAGACUUGAGGUCCAGCAAGACCCCCGAGGCCUCCGUGGCGGGAGCGAUGGGCCGCGAUGUGCUGUUUGUGCGCACCAAGGCAGCCACCUUUGCGCUGCAAGCCAUCAUCGCUCACACCAACCAGCAGCGGCGCACCGGCGGGGCUGCCGCGGGCGGGGACGCGGCGGCGGGGGAUGCUGGCGCCAAGGCCGAGGGCCAGGAGGCGGCGGCGGCGGACCCGGAGCUGCUGUCGCCUGGCGGCACCAAGAUUGUGGUGGUGAAGGAGGAUGAGCAACAGGAGGAGCACCACGCAGAGGAGGAGGAGGACGAGGACGAGGAGGAGAAGCAGGAGGAGGAGGAGGAGGAGGCGCGGCGGCGGGAGCAGCUGGGCGAGGCGUGGGUGGAGGCGCUGCAGGGGGCGGACUACGAUGGGCUGUCCCUGGAGCACCGCGUGGGCAUGCUGUGCUCGCUGUGCCACCUGGCCAUGGACUCACCCAGCAUCAAGGAGACGCUCGAGCGGCGCAUGGAGGAGCAGCAGCGCAUCAAGAAGCAGAGUUGGGAGGAGGCGCGGGCCGAGAAGCGUCGCAAGCAGACCGAGGCAGCUGCCAAGGCGCAGGCGGCGGCGGAGGAGGCGCAGCGGGCCCUGCAGCGCUUCCAGCAGCAGCAGCUGCUGCAGCAGGGCGGCAUUGCGGCGCCCGCUGCGGCGCAGCAGGCGGGGGCAGGGGAGCCCGCUGCUGCCCCUGCAGCGGCACCGGCUGGCGGCGAGCCCACCGCCGCUGGCCAGGCCGGCACGCCUGCGGCCCCGCACUCUGCGGACCCUGCAGCACCAGCCAGUGCAGCGGCUAUCGCCACGGCCACCAAGGAGGGCGGCGGCGGCGACGACAAAGAGAACGACGUGGAGCGGGCACGCCAGCGUGCGGAGCAGGUCCGGCGAGAAAUGGAAGCCAACUCAGUACGCCUGGAGCCUCUGGGCAUGGACAGGCGGUACAACAAGUACUGGCGGCUGGCUGGCGUGCCGCUGGGCGCCGCCGCCGCAAUUCAGCAGGCGGGGGCAAAGGAGGAGGAGGGCGGCGAGCACGCGCACCAGGCCGGGGACCGGCUGCUGUUUGAGAGCCAUGAGGAUGGCGAGAUGAGCCUGGUGUGCGGCUCGGCGGCGCUGGCGGCGCUGGUGGCGGCGCUGGAGCGGCGCGGGGCCCGCGAGUCGCUGCUGUAUGCCUCGCUGCUGCGCUACCGGGGCGUGCUGGAAGCGGGCAUGCCUGCAGCGCCGCUGGCGUUGCCCGCCGCCGAGGGCGAGGCGGCAGAGGCGGGCGCGGAGCAGCGGCUGCGCGAGAUGCUGCUGUCCCUCGUCCUGGCGGCGCCGCCGCUGCAGCCCGUCCAGGUGUCGGGGCGGGCUGGAAAGAAGGCCAAGGAAGCAGCGGCAGCCACUUCGGCGGCCGAGCAGGCAGCGACCACAGAGCUGGCCCCGCUGCGACCGGGCGACAGCCUGGCAGUCACGCGGCUGAAGCUGGACUUGCUCUGCUGCCAGCGGGGCCUGCCCGCGGCAGCCCUGGCCAAGCCCUUGGUGCCCGCCGCCUGGCAGCAGGCGGUGCGGGAGGCGGACUCGCUGCAGCAGCUGCGCAGCCUGCUGGGGGAGCUGGAGGCGGCGCUCGACCCCUCCCGCCUGCACCCGCUCUUUAUGCGACAGCCGCCACUGGUGCGGGGCGCCUGGCUGCGCACAGGCCGCGAGGUGGCGGAUGCCCAGAGCCUGGCAGAGUUGCCAGAGUCGCCCAGCGGCGCACGCGACGCCAGCCCCGGCGCCUUUGGCGGCGGCCGCAGCCGGGACGCGUCGCCGGGGGCUGCCGGCGCCGAGGCGGGGGCGGAGGCUGAGGAGGAGCCGCCGCUGGCCUGGCUGCCUGUCACGGCGGCGGCCCUGGCCUGGCGCAUUCAGUGCCUGGACGCAUCGCUGCUGUACGGCGCCGCCGAGGCGCAGGCGGCGGCCCGCGAGAGCCUGGCGGGCUACCAGUUCAUCCAGCGCCCCACCGCCGCCGGCGUGGUGUGCGGCCAGCCGCUGGGCCUGGCGGGGCGCGUCAAGCAGACGCUGUUCCCGCCGCUGCCGCAGCGCCUGCUGUACAGCCCACGCUGCGACUUCUCCUUCCCCCACAUCCAGUUCCAGGCAGAUGUGGCCUCCGGCAGUGAUGCCCUGGUGGCAUCCACCGCGGGGCGGGGAGGCCGGGGGCGCGGCCGCGGCCGGGGCAGGGGUCGCGGGGGCGGCCGUGGCGGCCGUGGGCGCGGCCGCGGCACGCCCGCCGCCAGCGGCGUGGCCGGCGACGGCGCGCUUCCUGCCGGCGGGCGCGGCGGCAAGAAGAAGCGCGCCCCGCGGCGGCCGGGGGUCACCGACAAGAGCGCACUGGCCAAGGAGUGGGAGAAGCAGGAGGACUCUGACAGCGAGAAGCACUAUGGCACCGACUUUGAGGAUGAGUUUGUGUCGCCCCAGCAGCCGCAGCGCCCGAGCGGCAGCCUGCCGCCGUCUGGCCCCGCCUCCACUGCUGGCGACGACGACGACGAGCAGGGCUCUGUGCUGGCCCAGAGCGAGGACGAGGCGGUGAGCAGUGAGGGGGAGGGCGCCGAGUGAGCACCCGCCUGGGCGCACCAUUGCUUGCCACAGUAGUGGCCGGCCCUUUGGACAGAGCCUUGCGGACUGCCCCAGCAGGCACACCUGCACAGACGCAGCCAGCUAGGACUGAGGGUUGGCGUGACCGGUCGGCAGCGCUCCCCACCCGCCUCGCAUCCGCAUUUCAUGUCCCUUGGGUUGUCGGCAUGCACGUCGAUAUGUUGUGGCAUGCGUUUGUGGCAGCAUUCCGUUUGCCUGUCAUGCUACCUCAUCUGUCCCAUUCCCAUGUGUGCUACUGAUGCAUGCCGUCCAUAUAUUGGUGUGAGGUGCAUGAAAUCGAAAGUCUCAAUAGGAGGCUGAUGGAGAGAGGACUCCAGAGCAAAUGAUGGUGGAAAGCAAAUGUGAUCAGAGGGCGAAUGAUCAAAGGGGAUCAGUUAAUAAAAGGGAUGAACGAACUGCGAAGAACAAAAGACUUGAUGGCCAGAUGUUAUAAUAUGUACAACACGGCUGGGAGGACCAUCGGUGGAGGGAAUGCAGGGCUCAAGGACGGGAACUGCCAUUCGCAUUGCUCUCCUGCUCCGGGUCUGCCACUUGCAGAUCGCUGCUGUGCGCUGCAGCCGCCACUGCUGCUCCAUCUCCUUCGCCACUGGCAGCCGCUGUCGGAGUAUCACAUGCCACCGCCAUCCCUGGCAGCACCGGCAGCGCCAUGCUCGAGGCAAGAUCAUACGUAUAGACCGGGAUGCGGGGC